AUGAAUCCUCUCGCUCGAGGAAACGAUGCCUUGAAGGUCAGCCCUGUUACGGGCGUCGACGAGGCCCUGGCCGUGCAUGGUUCUGACUGGCUGUGGGCGGUGACAGCCAUAUUCUCACUUGCUCUUAUUUUUUGUCUCGUCAUGUCUUUCGCUGCAAACGAAAGCGAGCGGGUCUUCCACUAUCUGUUCACCUUCGUCCUUUUGGUUGGCGCCGCCACCUACUUUGCUCAAGCUUCGGAUCUGGGCUGGAGUGCUGUGUCGCAAGUCGACAAUCUUGGUAAUGGGAUCAUCCGCCAAGUCUUCUGGGUCAAAUAUGUGCACUGGCUGGUGGCAUUCCCGGCGCUUGCGCUGGGACUAGGUCUGAUCUCGGGAGUCUCUUGGACUACGAUUAUCUGCAACAUCGCCUUAUCCCUGUACUGGGUCGUUAGCUAUCUUGCGGGCGCCUAUGUUAACACAUCGUACAAAUGGGGAUUCUUCGCUUUUGGCACUUUUGCCUGGCUCAUCCUUGCCAUGAGUACCAUCAACGAGAGCCGCGAGGCGUCGCAGCUGCUUGGCGUGGAGAGGGAUUACAUUAUACUGUCCGGAUGGACCAACCUCUUGUGGAUCGUUUACCCUAUUGCCUGGGCCUUGACCGAUGGCGGGAACAAGAUUGGUGUGACUGGAACUGCGAUUUUCUAUGGAGUGCUAGACGUUCUUAUGGUCCCGGUGCUCAGCUUCGCAGUGUUGUUCUUCGCUAGUAAGUGGGACUAUCGCAAGUUGAGCAUUGCGUUUAGCGACAGUCGCCCGAGUCGAGAGACCGGGGCCACCUCUGCAAUCAAGGGAGAAACUUCUCGGGUGGCGGACUAG